AUGACGAGCGUGAUGCCCGCAUCGGCUAUAUCCAAUCAGAGCAGCUAUACAGACUCGCCAGCAGACGAGUCCCAUCUGUCUAGUUCGCAUCCUCCAAACGCAGAGAAUAGCCUGAGCACCCACGGCCAUCAGGAAUCGCUGAACCACACAGACUUGUCGGAGAUGAACUUCGAAAGCAUGGAUUUGCAGUGGUCAGAGUUCACCAAUCUCCACGAGAUCCAGCACCUGGACAACAUGAUACACCACCGGCAUGCCGACCAAGUCAACCCAGCCAACGACUCGCCGCAUAGACACGAGGACUACUCGUCUUUUGUGUCCGACAACGCUGCCCACGAACAAAGUACAGAACCUAAUAAUUACCACCAGCCUCCGCAGAUGUUCCAAUGCGACUACCCCGGGGACCAGCGCACCAAGAGCGCGCCAGCCACUGCCAUCCGCCCAAACGACGUGUUCACGCCGCUUGUCUCGCCCGCAGUGACGCCGCUGGAACACGCCGUGAACCCGCCAUACGGCACCGGCUACCAGCAGGGAGUUCCAGACGAAAAGGUGCACAAAAAGGUUGGGUUCAGCCCGCUCACGUCGCCGGCUCUGGAGUUCCAGAGCUCUCGUUUCCCCAGCCAGGUCAGCAGCGCGGCCAGCCUGAGACAAAAAAGACGCGAUGAAAAGCCGUCCAACAUGUCGCCGCCAGUGUCCAGCGACGACGGCGCAAGAAGAGCCUCGUACAAACGCUCGAAAACGCCCAACGGGACGCCGCUGUUUGGGCCGGCGAAUGCAAACGGGUUCCAGCAGCAGCAGCCAGGUUCGUCUGCGCGUAUGAAGCAGUCGCCGUCGGUGAAGCCGUCGUCUCCCGUCGUUUCUGGCGCCCGCCGGUCGUACAAAUCCAGAAACAAGUCGUACAGCGGACAGUCUCAGACCUAUUUCGACAUGCUGCCCGAGUCUGCCACGUCCAGCGAUCUCAUGCUGCCGCCUUCGAAUCCGCCCGCAAAGGAGGAAGAUUACAGCUCAACAGAACUGCAGUCCAGGUCGUACUCACAGGAAAACGAGCCAAAUAACAGAUCCGCCGAGAUCGACACGGGCAACCCGUCUGCAGCCACGCCGGCCGCCAUGAUGUCGUAUGCCCUGGCCAAACUGUCUGCUAAGAACUCGCCGAGAAUGAUUGCAAAAGAUAACGUUCUGAAGAACCCCAACCACAACGCCACGUCCGCCCAGUCGUCGCCAGUGAUAUUGCCGUCGUCCAACUCGUUUCUGCUCCAGGACAACCAGCAGCUGCCAGCAGCCAUCAUACCUCCCUUGCACAUAAACGGGGCCUCCAAAUCGUCCUCCCGAUCGUCCUCUCUCAAGACGUCACCGCUCAUCCAGAACAACGACGAAAUGCAGCCCAGCCAGAGUCCCGAAGGCAUGUACUACACCAAGGCCCGCAGCAACUCAGGCGGGUCCUCGAAAUCUUCCCAGACGGACAGAAAAAUGACCCACAAGCUCGCGGAGCAAGGCAGACGGAACAGGAUGAACGUGGCCAUCCAGGACCUCGAGAAAAUCAUCCCGGAAACGCUCAGGAACGAGGUCGCAGUGCCGUCCAAGGCCACCACCGUGGAGCUGUCGUCCAAGUACAUCCAGAUGCUCCAGAAGGAGAACAAGGGUCUGCAGCAGCAGGUGGCGGCGUUGAAACAGGAGCUUGACAGACUAAAAGGCGGGCCGCACAGCCAGGAGAGUAUCAGUCCGUUCCGUGUCGACGGGAACGAGGGCCACGAGUAG